AAUCCGCUGGACAUUAACACGUAAGGUCUUUGACCAGUGUCAUAGCGAGCUGUCAUCAGUAUGCGGCUUUGAUUAAACCAGUUGUGUCACUUCUUUAUCACAUUCGUAAGAGCGAUGACGCGAUGAUUAAAUCGGAGAUCGAGCUCCCUUCGAGGCUAGUUAGGCCUAGCUCGGAGUUUAAAAUGUGUAUCCAAGAGGCACAAAUCUGGCAACCGCGACCCAUGACAACCGUUGCCAGGAAGUGACGUCAGCCAGCGUACUUUCGUCGCUCUUCUUCCUGAUUUUAAACGCCGCGCUCCAGUCUCGCCCGUACGGCCAUGGACAAUUCAAGUGACUUGGAGGGUGACGUCGACCACUCCUUUUUUGACAGCGAUCGCGACGAUGACAGAGACCGGGCUAGACGAGGCAGGAGCGAAGACAAUGGCGCGGAAGAGAGCGGUUCCUUCGAUGCCUUAGAGGACGGGGACAGCGACUGCAGCACGGGAGGCACCCGUCGCGCACCCGUGGGCUCGCGCUCGGCAUCGGAAGUAACCAGCGAGCGGUCCUCCCGAGCCAGAACACUGCCGAGUUCUUACAACCUCUCGAGCCGCUACAGCUCGCCGGGAGCCUCGAGGAGGAGUGGCCGAGCACCGUCCGCUGGCGUCCCCAGCCGGGCGUCCAACAGGUUGUCCCGGGCUGAAGGGUCGGACUACACGCAGAGAGGCAGCCCGGCCUCCUCACCUUUCAGGGAUAGCAGCGCCAAGGGGAAGCGGCGAGAGAGUGUGACGCCGACCCGAGCCAGCAGCAUCCUCCGUCCAGAGGGAACCUUGAAUGCAGACACCGACUCCUUUGCCAGUGGAAGUUUCAUGGAGGACAACCUCAUCCUUCACUGCAGAGGACGCCCAUGCAGGAAGAACUUCACCUUCAACAACAACGAGGUGCAACGCAUCGACCACGAGAAUCAGCGACUCCUGCGGGUGCUCUCCCGCAUCUCCUUAGCGCCCGGUGCCAUCGUCAACCAGUUCACCCGCAAGAACACCACCCCGCUCAUCCCUCACAGCUCUGUCAACCGCCUGCGUGAGCAGAAACGCAUCGAGAAGGACAACCAAGCUCUCCUGAAGAGGUUGGAGUACGUCAAACCCACGCCGGCACUCAAACGUGCCAACCUGCUGUCCGACUACCAGCGUCAAGUUCGAUUCCAGGCAACUCCUUGCGAAGUGUGCGACGCCGCCACCAACAUACUUCCAUCCAGCGUGGCCGCCGGCUUGGCCUCGAUACGGGGCAGCACCUCCCAGAUUGGAACGCGAGUCACCUCGGCAAGCUCCAACACAGCCAGGUCUAAAGCCCUCCUCGCGGCCCGCCCACCUUUUUGUUGUUAGUCUUAUAUGCUGUACAGUGUGCAUAAGUAGAUUUUUUUUUUUAAUGAAAUAAAACAUUCAAACGACAUUUUGAUUAGAGAUUUCAAAUUGAAAAAAAAACACUUUUGAAAUUGGAUAGGAAGCUAAAAGUAAAUGAUGCUGUAUUAAAAGUCUAAUUAAUUAAAUUACAUGUCCUAAUUGUAAUGGUUGGUGAAUCAAAUCAAAUGUGAAAUUGUAAAAUAACAUUUGAAUUUAAAAUGUAAAUACCACUUUUUCAUUCGACAGUUAAGUGAUGUCAUAUUUUCAAAACUAAAAUUGUCUGAAAAAUGUGUGAUUAAAAUGUGAUUAAAAACAUGUAAAUGACACUA